CACACAACAACAAACAAUAGCUGUAUUGGUUGAACAAAAAUCGGGACUCACUGCUGAACUCGACAAAUAUACUGCAAUGGCUGAUCGAUUCAAACGUAGUGAAGAGUUAUUAGAAGAGGGGCAAUUACUUGUAGAUGCUUUGCGAAGACAAAACGCAGAGCUUGAGGAUAAAAUUCGUGAUGGUGAAGCUAAAUUAAAAGAAGCUGGUGAUAAAACUGAACGAACAUUAGAAACAUUAAGAUUGCAGAUAGCGAGAGCUGAGAAGCUCGAAAAGGACAAUAAUCAAUUGUUAUCACAAUUAAGCACAAAGGAUUCUAUUAUUGAGCAAUUGACAGCGGAAAAGGCAAAAAUUCGAUCGACUUCUGGAGAAGUGGAAAGGCUUACUAAGUCACUUCAAGAUAAAGAAGAUCGAUGUGAAGCUCUUGAGAUUGAGUUGUCAAACAUGCGACAUCGACUUGCCAAUACUGAGCAACAACUUUUAGAUAAGGAAGAAAAACUCGCAAAUGCUGAACGAACUUCCAAAGAAACAGAAGCUAAAUUUGAAUCAUUAAAUAAUCAAAUAGUGGUUUUAUUUACACAAAACACAGAAACCAAACAAAAAUUAGAGUCGUUGCAAGUUGAGCAUGAGGCAAAAUCAAAAGAAGCGGCUGAACACUAUGAAAAGUUGACGGUUAAAUCAAAUGUUGCUCAGGAACUUCAUACAGAACGAGAAUCUCUUACCAAGGAGCUUCAAUCCGUUCAAACGGAAAAUACUAAACUAACAAAACGAAUUAAAGAUAUAACGACAAAAAUUGAUGGAUUAUCUGCCGAUAAUCGUAAUCUAAUUGAUCAAUUAAGUGAAUUAAGAGAGAAAGUAGUGGAAAUUAGUAAUGACAAAUUGGUAUUAGCUGAGGAAGUUGAUCGCGAAAAGAAUCGAGCUAAUAGGCUUGAAAUAGAACUGGCAGACUAUCGUAAAAAAUACGAUGAAAUCUUAUCUAAACAAAAUGGAAACGCGAAUUUAUUUAAUGGAGACUUAAAUUCAUCCGCAAACCAAGAACAGCUUCAAGAACCUAUGGAUUAUGGACAACAAAAGGUCCGAAAACUCGAGCAUCAACUUUCGCAAUUACAAGCUGCGUAUGACUUGCUGAGUACCAAAAAAAAUACUGUUGCAGAAGAAUCAUCAAUCACAUCACCUACUACUGUUCCUCUGUAUUCUGUUGACCCCCCUCCGACGGAAAUGAAGAACGUUACAAAACUUACUCAUCAAAAACCUCGUCGCUAUGUUCCAUUUCCAAUAGACAAUACAGAUAAUGGCGUUGGUUCUCAAUUAUCACUUGAUACUCCACCACCGCCUCCGAAUACACCUCGAUCUCCAGUCGUACCAAUUAAUAACACCGGUGCUAUAAUGGAAAUAGCAGGUUGCUCUGGUUGUACUGGCGAAAUUAUUGUUGUCUAA